CGAAGCGGCUCUCCACAGUCGGAAACCGGCAGCAUUCCAAACCGAGCAGUUCUGCGUUGUGAUGCCUUGGCAGGGAGCGUACGAUCGCCAACCUGUUGAUCCUGACAACUGAUCCGCGGAAUCUCGCCUCCGCCGGGCGACUGUGCGAUACCGGUGUGAUAUGUGAUCGCGGUGACUUCGGCGCGAUGGGCAACACGACCAGCGGCAAGGAGCCCGAGGGCCACCCGCCUCCGCCUGUGGACCUCUACAGGACGGUGCACGUCAGGGGGAGCGUCCGGGCCAAACUCCCCGUCCCUUCUGACCAGACGGAGCUCGAAAGGAGAUUCACCAAAGUUUUGGCCUCUAUGGACUUGCCCCCGGAUAAGGCGAAACUUCUCAAGCAAUACGACAUCGAGAAAAAAUGGGACCUUAUUUGCGAUCAGGAAAGGGUGCAGGCGAAGGACCCCCCUGGCCUCUACUUGAAAAAGCUGAAGACUUACUUGGACCCAAAAGCUUCUCGGAGUGCCAAAAAAAGGAAAAUGUUGGGGGAUUCGACUUCCACUCAGGUCUUAAGGGAUUUGGAAAUUUCCCUGAGAACCAACCAUAUAGAAUGGGUAAAAGAGUUUCUGAACGACGAGCACCAUGGGCUCGACUGCCUUAUAAGCUACCUAGGCUUCAGGUUGAUGAUGAUGAGGGCUGAGACAAGGACAAUUAACAAGACUGAGUCUGAUGACAAUAUUUCUGUAAAUAGCACAGGGACAAAUGUGAUAAGCGGAUGUAAAUUGAAUGGCCGGGUGUCCAAUGGUUUCGACUCUCAUGAUUUCAGGAGGAGGUCGAAGCAUGCUGCAAAGCUGAAGAUGGGUGAUACUAAGGACGACAUCCACAUAUGCAUUAUGUGCCUCAGAGCAAUCAUGAAUAAUAAACAUGGCUUCAGCCUUGUUAUACAAAGUACAGAUGGUAUCAACGGAAUCGCUCUGAGUUUAACACACAAAAGCCCAAGGACAAAAGCUCUUGUGCUUGAAUUACUUGCGGCGAUCUGCCUUGUGAAAGGCGGCCACGAGAUCAUCCUCGAGGCGUUCGACCACUUCAAAGAGGUCUGCCAGGAGAGGCGAAGGUUCGAGACCUUAAUGGGCUACUUCAUGAACUACGAGGUGUUCCACGUCGAGUUUAUGGUAGCCUGUAUGCAGUUCAUCAACAUCAUCGUUCACUCGGUCGACGAUAUGAACUACAGGGUCCAUCUCCAGUACGAGUUCACACAGCUGGGGCUCGACACUUACCUCGAAAAACUUAAGUACACUGAAAGCGAAGAAUUACAGGUCCAGAUAUCAGCAUACCUGGACAAUGUAUUCGACGUGGCAGCCCUCAUGGAGGACAGCGAGACAAAGACGACCGCCUUGGAGAAGGUUGCAGACCUUGAGGACGAACUUGGACAUGCCCAUGGCAGAUUUUCACAAUUGGAAAGGGAAGCGAAGACUCAAAUUGUAACUUUAGAAAGAGCCCUUGUUGAAACAAGAGCCGAAAGGGAUAAACUUCUCGAGGGCAGAAGGAUAGCAGAAGAAGAGGCGGAGACUCUAAGAAGGGAAUCUGCAGUCUUCCGGGCUUCUUUAGCAGAAGACAAAAACGGAAAUUUCCCUCGAGAAUCGAGCUCAAGCGGAAUUUCAUCAUGUUCAUCGUCUGGCGGUGGAAGUACUGGAAGAGGUGAAACUCCACCGCCACCACCUCCGCCUCCUCCACCGUUGCCUUGUGCGCCUCCUCCUCCACCACCCCCACCAUCGACGAAUCUGUCAGGUGGACAGUCGGCCCCUCCGCCACCUCCUCCACCUGGCCUGAUGACGCCGCCUGUCGGUGCCAUGACUAUCAAAAGACAGAUCCAAACGAAAAAUCGCCUACCAACUCUCAAUUGGGCUGCGAUGAGACCUAAUCAAGUGCGAGGAACUAUAUUCUGUGAGUUGGAUGAUGGAAGGAUAUUUAACAAAAUUGACUUUAACGACUUUGAGGAAAAGUUUAAAAUGCCUGGGCCACCCUCAAAAGACCACUCAAUGACAGAUUCUAGUCUUUCAACAAUGCCAAGCAAAAGGUUUAAGAAAUCAGAUCUCAUCUCUCUCCUCGAGCACAACAGGCUAAGAAAUAUUGCAAUAUCAAAAAGGAAAAUUGGACUGGCAAUUGAAGACAUAACAAAAGCUGUAAACUCACUUGAUUUGCGAUUGAUACCAUUAGAAACAGUAGAAUUACUUAUGAAAAUGAUUCCCACAGAGGGUGAAGCUAAAAAAUACAAAAAAUACCUGGAAGACAAGAAAGACAUAUGUGCGUUGACCGAGGAAGACAGGCUUCUUCUUGAGCUCAACAAAAUCACCAACCUUCCCAACAAGCUUAGCAUUCUCCACUAUAUGGGCAAUUUCAAUGAAAAUAUAAGUUUUAUCGCACCUCAAAUUGAAAUGUUGAAAGUGGCAUCAAAUGCCGUUAGACAUUCUUCCAAGUUCAAAGGUGUGCUGGAGGUCGUUUUAGCCUUUGGAAAUUAUGUAAAUAGUGCAAAGCGAGGCCCAGCGUAUGGCUUUAAGCUCCAGUCACUUGACUCACUCACAGAUCUAAAGACGGCUGAUAAGAAAACCAGCCUGAUCAACUACAUAGCAGACACAAUCAGACUGAAGUUACCCGAGCUUAUGGACUUCGACACCGAGUUGACAAACAUUGAAAAGGCUGCGACGAUUUCUUUGGAAAAUCUGGUGAGUGAUGUCAAAGAACUGGAAAAGGGAAUGGAUUCAGUACGGAAGGAGAAUUCUGGGCGAAGUGAUGGUGUCCUCAACGACUUUCUCAGCUCGAGCGAGGAACGGCUCAAGUCCCUACAAGCUCGCCUUGAGGAAGCGAAGGCCCUUUUCAGAGAAACAGCGGAGUACUUUGGCGAGUGCUCACGGACGACGGACCCGACCACUUUCUUCUCAUUUUUCGUCCGCUUUGUCAAAGCAUUUAAGGCGGCGGAGAAAGAAAAUGAGGAGCAAAGACGGUUAGAGGAGGUCGCUGCCAUGAAGGCUUUCUCGGCCGAUACAAUCAAACGAAAGAAAUACAUCACUGAUUUAUCUGAACAGAGGAAGAAGGUUUUGUCACUUGACCCUAACAAAGUUGACCAGUUUUUUCGUGGAGUUCAGGAGGCAGUGAUAAACGAGCUGAAAAGCAGAAGCAAGCUCGUUCAGGAGAUGAAGCUCCUUCAACAGGACGAAGUUUACAACGGUGCACUCGAAGACAUUCUACUCGGCCUGCGUAGCGAGCCUUACCGCAGAGCGGAUGCAGUAAGAAGGUCUCAGAGGCGGAGAAUAGAUUCCAACAGGCUUUCAAGGACGCUUGAGGAACUUGAAUUAUGACGAGAGUUGCCUACUGGAAGCUGAGAGCGAAAGGUUCAAAACCAUGAUUAAAAUAGUAUAUAUAUAUAUUUUUUAAAUAUCUCGUCUCCUGUUUGAAAAUAUUUUUCUACUGUGUAAAUAUCUGACAUAUUUUUCUAUUUAUAUAAUUUAUAGAUCUUUUGCAAAAGUCAAUUCAAAUAGGCACUUAUUUGUGAUAAUGUAAUGCGGCCUUUAAUGUAAAGAAAAAUUAACCAUAUAUAUACUUUUUACCUUUGAAAAAAUUGAAUUUUCAGUCAUUUUUUGUGAUAUAUUUUUCAUGAAUUAUUAAAACGAUCACUCUAAAAAUCAUCGAAUAAUUAAAUUAUUGCACAUUCCUAUGUUGCACAGACAUACCCGUAACUUAUUUCUUACUUUUCCCAUGUUUUAUAACUGUGCAUUAAGUUUAUUGUAUAUAUAAACAAAUUUAUGUAAAUAAGAAAAACUUGCAGAAUUACCCAAUUUUCGUUUUCGCUAUUUUAGUCGUAAACGAGGUCCUGUAUUAUAUGUGUGAUAACUGUUUUAUAGUUGAUUAUUAAGAUAUUUAUAAGACCAUGACAUAUCUGUUUUAUAAUAUUGUUAUGUAAAUAAUGUUAAUCAAUUAGUUUAAUUGCAAGAAAAAUUGUAAAUUCCUUUUUGGUUUACUCACUUUAAUUAAUAAAGUUUCCACAAAGUUAAUACAUU